CAUGUUGGCUGCCAGACUGAUUAUCCUGCUGAGUUUUUAUUGGCUUAGCACAUCCGCUAUUGAUCCCGCCGAUCCGUUAUUCGUGGAUCUCCCACAUGGCAAGAUACGCGGACGCGAUAACGGUUUCUAUUACAGCUACGAGUCCCUUCCCUACGCUGAGCCCCCGGUCGGAGAACUAAGAUUUGAAGCUCCCCAACCGUACAAGCAGCAGUGGACGGACACUUUCGAUGCCACCCAACCACCAGUGACGUGCAUGCAGUGGAAUCAGUUCAUCUUCGGGGACAACAAGCUAGCAGGCGUUGAGGACUGUCUGACUGUUAGCAUUUAUAAGCCGAAGAAUACCAGUCAGAGCAGCUUUCCCGUUGUGGCCCACAUGCACGGGGGCGCAUUCAUGUUCGGCGAGGCCAGGCAAAAUGGACACGAGAAUAUGAUGCGCGAGGGAAAACUUAUUCUCGUAAAGAUAAGCUACCGCCUUGGCCCACUGGGAUUUGCCAGCACUGGUGACGCCGGUUUGUCCGGAAACUUUGGCCUGAAGGAUCAGCGCCUGGCUCUGCUCUGGAUCAAGCAGAACAUUGCCAGCUUCGGUGGGGAACCAGAGAACAUUAUAGUGGUAGGUCACUCCGCGGGCGGGGCAUCCGUUCAUCUGCAGAUGCUACGUGAGGACUUUGCACAGGUGGCCAAGGCAGGAAUUUCCUUCGGAGGAAAUGCAAUGGAUCCAUGGGUCAUCCAUCAAAGUGCACGAGGCCGAACCUUUGAGCUGGGCCGCAUUGUGGGCUGUGGACAGGCAAGCGACUCAACGGAACUGAAGAACUGCUUAAAAUCGAAGCCCGCGGGUGAAAUCGUCUCGGCUGUGCAUAGCUUCCUAGUUUUUGCGUACGUUCCGUUUGCGCCUUUCGGUCCUGUUGUAGAAUCGCCAGAUGCACCAGAAGCCUUCAUUAGCCAACAUCCUGUGGAUAUUAUUAAGAGCGGGAAGUUUGCACAAGUCCCUUGGGCUGUGACAUACAACACCGAGGAUGGUGGCUACAACGCAGCUGUGCUGCUGGAAAAACAGGCUUCAUCUGGUCGGGAGCUGAUUUUUGACCUUAACGAUCACUGGUUUGACUGGGCUCCGUAUUUGUUGUUCUACCGGGACUCCAUGACGACCAUCAAAGAUAUGGACGAUUACUCCCGUAAACUGAGGCAGGAGUACCUGGGAGAUCGGCGAUUCAGUGUGGAAAGCUAUUGGGACCUGCAGCGGCUUUUUACAGAUAUUCUGUAUAAAAAUGCCACAGAGCUGGCAUUGGAUCUUUAUCGAAAACACGGAAAGAGUCCUGUUUACGCAUUUGUCUACGACAAUCCUGCCAACACGGGAAUUGGCCAGUUUUUUUCCAAGCGCACUGAUGUUCAUUUUGGAACAGUCCAUGGGGAUGAGUAUUUCCUGAUAUUCGAAAACCUCGCAAGAGGUCCUGAGAUGCGUUCAGACGAGGAAAUAAUUUCACGAAAUUUCCUGAAUAUGAUUAACGACUUUGUUGUUAGCGGUAAUGGAACUAUGACAUUUGGAAACUGCGUUCUUCAGGAUAAUGUCGGCAGCAAUAAAUUUCAACUGCUUUCCAUAACGAAAAAUGGCUGCGAGAACCUGCAACUGGAGAGCUUUCCUUAAUUAUAAUUGGUGCAAUUAAUACAAAUAAAACAUGCCUAAUAGGGUGUAGCGCACCCGUUGGGUAAUGAUCGAAA